AUGUGUCAGAAGAAACACCGUGCAACUGGCAACCUUGACUACCGUGGAUCCUCUGGGGAGCCUCAACUACCUCAUGAUGCUGACAAGGUAGAGAGGAGUCUGUCCAUAUCAAAAGACCUCAAGAAACGCCUGCAGAGACCCACAGAGAAGAGAACUCACUGCUGCUCUGACUGUGGGAAGAGAUUCACCUCCUCAUCAGGCAUUAAAAUUCAUCAGAGAAUCCACACAGGAGAGAAAUCUUCUAGCUGUGGUCAAUGUGGGAAGAGAUUUGCUACAUCUAGCCAUCUAACUCGACACCAGAGAACACACACAGGAGAGAAACCUUAUAGCUGUGGUCAAUGUGGGAAGAGUUUUGGUCAAUCUGGAGCUCUGACAGUGCACCAGAGAACACACACAGGAGAAAAACCUUAUAGCUGUGGUCAAUGUGGGAAGAGUUUUGCUGCAUUUAGAGUACUGAUUCGACACCAGAGAACUCACACAGGAGAAAAACCUUAUCGCUGUGUUCAAUGUGGGAAGAGUUUUGCUGCAUCUAACACUCUGACUCUACACCAGAGAAUACACACAGGAGAGAAAUCUUAUAGCUGUGAUCAAUGUGGGAAGAGUUUUGGUCAAUCUGGAGAUCUGACAGUGCACCAGAGAACACACACAGGAGAGAAAUCUCAUAGCUGCGAUCAAUGUGGGAAGAGAUACUCUGAUAAAAGAUGUCUGAUUAAACAUCAGAAAAUACACGAUGGAGUUGUUUCAUGAUAUCAAUGAAAAAAAUUCACAAUGUAGAAUGUUUUUAACAUUGUAGUAUGAGUAUUUUAAGGUAUUUCACAAUGUAGAAUCCUGAACGUUUGCCCCAUUCAAUUGAUUUCAGCGUGGUAUGGAAAUUAACCCUGGGAAAAAUCCAGGCUCUGAAAUGAAAGAGUUACUAUUUAUGUGAUUUAACAAAAAGUGACUAACACAAAAAGAGCUGUGUUACACUUACCAUGUUGGUGACCCACUUGAAUCAAAAUGCAACACUUCAAAAUGUAGCAAGCUGUUUUAUUAUACAAGUUGUCCUCUAAACAGUGAUGUACACAUUAUUCCCAGAUUCUGUGUUUUUUUUA